UGAAACAGUGAAAUAAGGAAAAUACGAAAAUGUCUGGUCGCGGUAAAGGUGGAAAAGUGAAGGGAAAGGCAAAGUCGCGUUCUAACCGCGCUGGUCUUCAGUUUCCCGUUGGUCGUAUUCACCGCCUCCUUCGUAAGGGCAACUAUGCUGAACGUGUUGGUGCCGGUGCUCCUGUCUACUUGGCUGCCGUUAUGGAAUAUUUGGCCGCUGAAGUUUUGGAGUUGGCUGGCAAUGCUGCACGCGACAACAAGAAAACUAGAAUUAUCCCUCGCCACUUGCAAUUGGCCAUUCGUAACGAUGAGGAGUUAAACAAACUGCUUUCGGGCGUCACCAUUGCCCAGGGCGGUGUUUUACCCAACAUCCAAGCAGUUCUGUUGCCCAAGAAGACGGAAAAGAAGGCAUAAUUUGCUAGUUAACUAAACAAAAAA